GAGGAUUCGCUCGCAGAAAGCUCGAGGCAUCGACAAUGGCACCUCUUUCCUCUCUCCCAUUAUUUCUCUCUGUUUUCUUUUUAGCUGUAGCGACGGUGUCGUCCGCCAUUUUUGAAGAACGUGAUGACGUCGUCAGUAACGAUAAUCCUUUGAUCCGUCAGGUAGUCGGCGACAAUGAUCAUCUGCUCACCGCCGACCACCACUUCUCCUUAUUCAAGAAGAAGUUCGGGAAAUCGUACGCCUCCAAAGAGGAGCACGAUUACAGGUUUGCUGUUUUCAAGGCUAACAUGCGCCGAGCUUUGCGCCACCAGAAGCUCGAUCCUUCCGCCGUCCACGGUGUCACCAAGUUCUCUGAUUUGACUCCAGCUGAGUUCCGCCGAAACUUUCUCGGCAUGCGCCCAAGGCUUAAGUUUCCGGCUCAUGCUAACAAAGCUCCCAUCCUUCCGACCGAUAAUUUACCUACAGAUUUCGAUUGGAGAGAGCACGGCGCAGUCACGCCGGUGAAGAAUCAGGGUUCAUGUGGGUCCUGCUGGUCGUUUAGUGCGACAGGAGCUCUGGAAGGUGCAAAUUUCCUGGCAACAGGGAAGCUUGUGAGCCUCAGUGAGCAACAGCUUGUGGAUUGUGACCAUGAGUGUGAUCCUGAAGAACCAGACUCGUGUGAUUCCGGGUGCAAUGGUGGACUGAUGAACAGUGCCUUCGAAUACACUCUAAAAGCUGGUGGACUAAUGCGAGAACAGGACUAUCCCUACUCUGGUUCAGAUCGUGGAACCUGCAAUUUUAACAAAACUAAGAUUGCAGCUAAGGUUGCUAACUUCAGUGUUGUUUCCCUUGAUGAAGAACAAAUUGCAGCAAAUCUCGUCAAAAAUGGUCCUCUUGCAGUGGCUAUUAAUGCAGUUUUCAUGCAGACAUAUAUUGGGGGUGUUUCAUGCCCAUACAUAUGUUCUAAAAGACUAGAUCACGGUGUAUUAUUGGUAGGCUAUGGUUCAUCAGGGUAUGCUCCAAUCCGGAUGAAAGAGAAGCCAUACUGGAUCAUUAAGAAUUCCUGGGGAGAACAUUGGGGAGAAAAUGGUUACUACAAGAUCUGCCGAGGGCACAACAUUUGUGGGGUGGACUCCAUGGUAUCAACCGUUGCAGCAGUUCAUACAAGCACUUAAAAAGAGUGGCUGUGGUGAUGACGUGAUUGACAUCAUCUCUGUAUAUAGUAGGAGUAUGGACUGCAUGAAGCUGCUCCCUGUCCGUUGAUUGUUAUGCCUAGUAGUGAAGGGGCCAUAAGUUCAUUGGCAACAUUGCUUGAAAAACGCAACUUUUUCCUUCUAUAUUAAGUUCUGUAAUCCUCGUGAAGCAUAAAACUCAGCAAAAUAUGUGUUUAACUAAUGAAUUAUUGUUGCUCUCAUAAAUAUGCUUUACUUCUA